CCAGUCAGUCAGUCGAGUCGUCCAUCGGAGAGAGUCGAGUCGAGUCGUGCCCAGAGAGGAGUGUGUAACAGGAAGACGAAGUUGGAUUAUGGUGACAAAUUUUACACGAAUAACCUGAACUUUUCAGAUGCGAUUUUAGUGCCGUUUCCUAGUGAGUUUUCGGUUUUUCGGCGACCUUGCCAGUUUGCUUUUGCGUUAGAUUAGUGCUUCGCGAUUGAUAAAGAAGAUUAGGUGCUGGUCUAGUUCGAACCUGAGGAGAUCCGUGGAAGUGACUAGAAGGAAGAAAAAAACUGGAUCUCUGGCAUGAGAACGAUAUAGCGCACGUGACUUUCAAUGCCGCAUCUGCAGCCCAGCAACACAAUGCUUGACAACAGAGCCGUAUAAACCAAAACAAUACACCUCUCGAAACAGCAGCGCGUAAGAUGUCCGAUACCAAAUCCGAGCCGCAACAGCAGCAUUCGAGCUCGAGCACUGAGUCGCCAUCGCAAUCACCAGCAGCAGUAGCAGUAGAAUCGCCUACAGCACCACCACCACCAAAAGCAUCUUCACCAACGUCAACUGAUUCGCCCGCCAUCAUUGAAACCACCUCCACCAUUUUGACGCUUGACGAUCACGGCCGUCCGCCGUUAGCAACAGAAGAAGAUUCCAGCAGCACAACCAGCAACAUUCCAGCGGUCACCGUCACCAUAGAAGGUUCACUUCUAACGGCGAACAGUUCCUCAACGACUGCGUCGUCCAUUCCGGUUGAAUCGACGGUAACGGCAACGGUUCACCAGCCCUCGAUCAUCGUUGAGCGGCAAACCUCGAUCAGUUCCACCGAGGGAAGCAUGUCGAACAGUACUAACACCGGCGCAGGAGGCUCUGGAUUCCGUGGUUCGUUCAACGGCCGGGUGCCCUUUGCCAGAAUUCUAUCUACCGGAAGUGCCGGCGAUCGCCGAGCAGUCGGCAACGAUACGGCACGUGUCUCAGGAAACCUAAGCAAUAACCUGUUGAAUGACAUUUUUGCCUUCGUACAGCAAGCACGAAACCCUAACAGUCUAUUCUCGUCGGAAAGACGAACUUUGUUCCUCCAAUCCGGCCGCUCCGCGUCCCACAUGCCAGGAAGCAGCACUCCACCGAUUGGCCAUGCUACCACCGGGAACCCGACAGACGUAGUGAUUGAUCUUGACAAUGCUACCGGACCAUCGCUCCGUUCGUCCAACAAUGAAAUCUACCCUAUCUCUACGUCUUCAUCGAUCACCAGUGGUAUCCGGCCAAAUUCCUGGAUGCCUACUAACACCACAGAUGAGGACGCCAUGGCAAGUCGUGCUUCUAUCAUGCCGAACUUCAACUACCACCACCAUCAUCAUCAUUUCCACAACCAUCAACCGUUGUCCACCAUCCAUCACCACCAGCACCUUUCACAUCCUCAGCCGGCACUUCUCCAGCAAGCCCAAUCAGCCCAGCAGAACCAGUCAGCUUCCUUGGGGGCACCUGGCACUGGAGGUUCCACCAACGAACCCCCUCAACGGCCCAGCUCUCCAACCAAUCCGAACCCUAACAAUGGCACUCGCAGCAAUAGUGUCAGCUCCAACCAGCCAAACGAUGAGGCCACUGUCCACGAAGCCCUCAACCAAAUACCGGAAGCUCGCGCCAUGAUGGACACCUUCGCCCGGUACAUUCCUCUGCUGUUCAUUCUGGUUACCAAGCUCUGCUACGACCACCUUGACGGAAUCAUCCACUUCCUAGCCCUCCUGAUGACCUUUUCGCACGCUAACUGGGUCGUCCGCCAGGAGAUCUCCAAGCAAGGCCAGAAGCGAAUAAUGGUACUGCUGCGUGAGCUUAUCUUUAUCGGGAUCGCCCUGGCCGUCGUUGGAUUUGUCCUCGAACGGAAGAACAUCUUCCUCAGCAUCCUGUUCAUGCCGGACUUGUCCGAACCGCAGACGCUAAAAACCCUUCUAUUCUCCGUGUGCAUGUCAGAUCUGGUGCUCAAGCUUCUCACCAUCAUCGUCAAGAUCGUCAUCACUUUGAUGCCACCGAGCGUAAUCGAGUACAAAAGUCGAGGCAAAAUCUAUCUAAUGACGGAGUCACUCUCUCAACUGUACAGAGCCGCCGCUCCUAUCCAGCCGUGGUUGAUAUUCCUGUUCGAGUCGUACUCCGGCUCGGAGAAGAUCGUCGGCGUCAUUCUGUCCGCGGUCUACAUGGUUGCAAAAUCUUCCGAUCUUCUCGACCGGAUCAAGUUCUGCAAGCGUUCGGUGAUAAAGCUGCUACAGAAAACGAGCUACGGAACAAUUCCGUCAAAGGAACAGCUGCAGGCAUGCGGUGGCCAGUGCCCAAUCUGCCACGACAACUUCAACUCACCAGUCCUACUCGAGUGCAACCACAUCUUCUGCGAGCUGUGCGUCGGAACUUGGUUCGAUCGAGAACAGACCUGCCCGCUGUGUAGGGCCAAGAUCGUCGACGAUCCGUCCUAUCGGGACGGCGCGACCACGUUUUUCUUGCAGCUGUAUUAAAACCACACCAAACCGCCCGCCGAUCGAUCAGUGUGGGAAGCGGACUAUUUGGCAUAAAAAGCAAACGACUGUUAUGCCAAAUGGCGUUACUUCCCGAUUAGUGUGUAUUCUGCGCGCGAGACACAAGUGAAAUCUCGCCUGUGGCGAGACUCAGUGACACCAGCACGAGUGCGGAGACUGUAGUGACAAUUAUUGCGUUUAUUGAGUUAAUGCCCGUAAACAGCGUUUAUUAGUUGUUUAUCCUGGAUUAUUUUAUCGAAAUUUUCAGAGCAUAAAUUGCUUCUGAACCGGCAACAUUUCGAGCUAGACGAUAAGCACGCUCACACGACACAUGGUGUGCCAGCGGAACUUUUUGGGUCGAAAAUUAAUUGUAAGCAAAUACAUAAAUUUUACCUAUUAGUUUCAAACUUUAUGCGUUUAUAAUUCCAAAAAAAAAAUACAAAACAGUUUACACUAAAUAACCGUAACCAAGGUGACAUAUAAACAGAGGAUCGUUUUUUAUUGUGUUUGUUAACAUUUAAAUUUACAUGAAUACAAAGGAACUGAAAUUAUCGAAAAGAGGAAAAAAAGGUGAACAAUGUGUGAUGUGCGCGGACAGUGUGAACCAAAAAAUGCGAAACUGAUGACUGAGAUCGGAGAAAAUAAGGUAAAGUGUUAAAGCUGCGUGCAGAGAGUGAAACAGCUCGCUAGCUAUAUAAUCAAAAAAAGCAGGGUUGAGGAGGAAACAAUGAACCGAGGGAACGCAAAGAGCACUACCUUUUUACUAAGAAGGAAAAGAAGAAAGCUAAUGGAGACGCGGUGUGCUCAAAUCGAAGGGCAAAAAGUAACCUAUACCUAAAGUAUCAAUAUAUGAAUAUUAUUUUCAAAAUAAAAACAAAUAUUGCUAGUUUCGAAA